GCCGUGGGUUGGUUGGAUUGCAUGAGUACCAAGUUUUUUCAUAUAUAAGUCAUGUUAUGCUACAUAAAAAAGCACGAAAUAAAUACGAAAACCAUUAAUUUAGCGUUCUCUGUUUUGUAGUGUACACGUUGGCUCUGUUGUUGCUUUGUAAUUUGAUCUUUGAUCCCAACAACUGUAGUAAAGCUCAACGAAAUGUCAAGUCACAGGUAAAUCCUAAGUAUUUGUAGUAUUUUCUUGGGUUAUUAUUGUCACAAGGAAUAACCUUUUAAUAAUUAGUCAUUUCUGUUUUUAGUGCUUCAUGCUCAAGUGACAUUUCAGUCGACCUAACCGAUGCCUUUCGAAGUAUGAUACUGAACAAGCGUUUCGUCUUGUGGGAUGAUUUUGAAAGCGCCUUAAAAGAGUUCCAAAAAGUAUGGAAUUAUAGUUUUAUCGCUUCUCAGACUACUUAUACUCGUUACAUCCACACAGAAAGCAGAUUGCUGAAGGAUGUCAGGUUCAAAUACCUGUUUGUAUCGUUUAAUUGUACGUUUGGUCAUAAGAGGAAAUCGGAAGGUUUGAAAGUGAGGCAAAAAUCGUAAGAUCUGUAACUAAUAUCUUACGUUUAAGGUCUAAAUUCCGUAAUUGUCGAUCUAAAUUUCGUGUAAGACUAGAGGAGCAAGGAUAUGUCAUCAAAUCCUACAACAUGCUCCACAAUCAUCCAUGUAGUAGUUCAUGGAUGGUAUGUGAUCCAUUGACAAGGAGAUUAUCGUCAGAAGAAAAAGAGAACUUGAAGCCCGUAAUACUUCACUGUGAGUCAGCAGAUGAAGUUAUCGAAAGCAUUAAGGAGAGAACUGGUAAGCAAGUAACUGCUGCCGAUGUCAAAGGUAUGAAAGCUACACUCUCCACUGGUAAGUGUAUAUAAAUAUAUUUCAGGUUGUUUUACUCGGAACCAGGUAAUGGAUAUGCUUAGACAGAGAGGCGAAGUGAAGGAACAUUUAGAAAAUGGAUAUGCCACUAGAAUAUGUUUCAGUAGUUCUAACCAAAUACAACUGUACAGAAAAUAUCCAGAAGUUGUGUGCAUUGAUUCUACGUAUAAUACUAAUAAUAAAAAGUGAAUAUGUUUAUCCUUGUAUUUUACUAUGUAGAUAUUCCUUAUUCCAGUUAGUAGUGACGGAUAAUUGCGGUCGAGGUAGAACUGUAAUGUUUGCAUGGACUCGAAGGGAAAAACGUGCUGAUGUUAUAUGGAUUCUAGAUCAAUUCAAAGAGAUAAUGGGGGAUACAUUGUUGACUGAAACAUUUGUGAUGGACUGCGCAAGAUGUGAAAGCGCGGCUGUCCGUAUGACACACGGACAUGCAGGUAUUGUAGCAGAUGGAAGUUACAUAAUACCCAGAACUUCCAAAAUUAUACAUUAACUGCAUUAACACGACGGAGUGAAGUGUAUAUAAGUAUUCAACGAAGUCAAAGAAUCCAUAAGCAACGCAUCAUUGAGAAGUAUGGUGAACGUUUCGCAACGGAAGUUGAGAAGAAGGUGGACAAUUAUUACUUAAAAAUUCUUAAUACCAACUUGUAAACUUGAUUUUCUGCUUUAGCAGCAAUGAUUAUUCAAUAAACUGUCAUAAUUUUAA